UUGUCCGCUGAUUGUGGAUAUAAGUAGUGGCUGAAAGAGGCAUCUCCGUGAUCGGAGCUUGGGGGGCUCCGGCGACGUGAUCGCGGGGAGCGAGUUGGAAGCGGCGGGUCUGGCAGGGUCGGACGUGGGCGCCGAGGGAGCCCCGGCCGCGUAGCCUGACUGUAGGGAGCAGGGGAGUGCGAGGUGCCGCAGCCUGGUAAUGCCCCGCAGCCCUGGGGCAAGCUGCAGAGCCGCUUCAUGCCGCCGACAGGGUUAGAGCCCGCCAGAAUGAACAGGAAGAAAGGAGACAAGGGCUUUGAAAGUCCAAGGCCAUAUAAAUUAACCCAUCAGGUCGUCUGCAUCAACAACAUAAACUUCCAGAGAAAAUCGGUUGUGGGAUUUGUGGAACUGACUAUAUUUCCCACAGUUGCAAACUUGAAUAGAAUCAAAUUAAACAGCAAACAGUGUAGAAUAUACCGAGUAAGGAUCAAUGAUUUAGAAGCUGCUUUUAUUUAUAAUGAUCCAACUUUGGAAGUUUGUCACAGUGAAUCAAAACAGAGAAAUCUCAAUUAUUUUUCCAAUGCGUACGCUGCUGCUGUGAGUGCUGUGGAUCCCGAUGCGGGAAACGGAGAACUUUGCAUUAAGGUUCCGUCAGAGUUAUGGAAACACGUAGAUGAAUUAAAGGUGCUAAAGAUACACAUCAAUUUUUCGUUGGAUCAGCCAAAAGGAGGCCUUCAUUUUGUGGUACCCAGUGUGGAGGGGAGUAUGGCAGAGAGAGGUGCUCAUGUCUUCUCUUGUGGGUAUCAGAAUUCCACAAGGUUUUGGUUCCCAUGUGUUGACUCGUACUCUGAAUUGUGUACGUGGAAAUUAGAGUUUACAGUAGAUGCUGCAAUGGUGGCUGUUUCCAACGGAGAUUUGGUGGAGACAGUGUACACCCAUGAUAUGAGGAAGAAGACCUUCCAUUACAUGCUGACCAUUCCCACAGCUGCGUCAAAUAUCUCCUUGGCCAUCGGACCUUUUGAGAUACUUGUAGAUCCGUACAUGCAUGAGGUUACUCAUUUUUGUUUACCCCAACUUCUUCCAUUGCUUAAACAUACCACAUCGUAUCUUCACGAAGUGUUUGAGUUUUAUGAAGAAAUUCUUACGUGUCGAUACCCAUACUCCUGCUUUAAGACUGUGUUCGUCGAUGAGGCUUAUGUCGAAGUCGCUGCUUAUGCCUCCAUGAGCAUUUUUAGCACAAAUCUGUUACAUAGUGCCAUGAUUAUAGACGAGACACCUUUGACCAGAAGGUGUUUAGCCCAGUCCUUGGCCCAGCAGUUUUUCGGAUGUUUCAUAUCCAGGAUGUCUUGGUCUGAUGAGUGGGUACUGAAGGGGAUUUCAGGCUAUAUCUAUGGACUUUGGAUGAAAAAAACUUUCGGUGUUAAUGAAUACCGCCACUGGAUCAAAGAGGAGCUGGACAAAAUAGUGGCAUAUGAACUGAAAACUGGUGGAGUUUUACUGCAUCCCAUAUUUGGUGGAGGAAAAGAGAAGGAUAACCCAGCAUCCCAUCUGCACUUCUCAAUAAAGCAUCCGCAUACGCUGUCCUGGGAAUACUACACUAUGUUCCAGUGUAAAGCUCACCUUGUGAUGAGAUUGAUUGAAAACAGAAUCAGUAUGGAGUUUAUGCUACAAGUUUUCAAUAAACUGCUAAGUCUGGCCAGCACUGCUUCCUCUCAGAAGUUCCAGUCGCAUAUGUGGAGUCAGAUGCUGGUUUCCACGUCUGGGUUUUUGAAGUCCAUCUCAAAUGUCUCUGGCAAAGACAUCCAGCCUUUAAUAAAGCAGUGGGUAGACCAGAGUGGAGUGGUAAAAUUUUAUGGAAGCUUUGCAUUUAAUAGAAAACGAAAUGUCUUAGAAUUGGAAAUAAAACAAGAUUAUACAUCUCUUGGAACUCAGAAAUAUGUGGGACCACUUAAAGUGACAGUGCAGGAGUUAGAUGGAUCCUUCAAUCAUACAUUGCAAAUUGAAGAAAACAGCCUUAAACAUGAUAUACCCUGCCACUCCAAAAGCAGAAGAAAUAAGAAGAAAAAAAUCCCACUGAUGAAUGGAGAGGAAGUCGAUAUGGAUCUUUCCGCAAUGGACGCCGACUCCCCUUUGCUGUGGAUACGGAUAGACCCCGACAUGUCGGUACUGAGGAAGGUGGAGUUCGAGCAGGCCGAUUUCAUGUGGCAGUACCAGCUCCGCUACGAGCGGGACGUGGUGGCGCAGCAGGAGUCCAUCCUGGCCUUGGAGAAGUUCCCCACGCCGGCCUCGCGCCUCGCGCUCACCGACAUUCUGGAGCAGGAGCAGUGCUUCUACCGCGUGAGGAUGGCCGCUUGCUUCUGCCUUGCGAAGAUUGCAAACUCGAUGGUGAGCACGUGGACAGGGCCGCCAGCCAUGAAGUCACUGUUCACGAGAAUGUUUUGUUGUAAAACGUGUCCGAAUAUUGUGAAAACAAACAACUUCAUGAGCUUUCAAAGUUAUUUUCUACAGAAGACCAUGCCAGUUGCAAUGGCUCUGUUGAGAGAUGUUCACAACCUUUGUCCCAAAGAAGUCCUCACAUUUAUUUUAGACUUGAUCAAGUACAAUGACAACAGAAAAAAUAAGUUUUCAGAUAACUACUAUCGUGCAGAAAUGAUCGAUGCCCUUGCCAACUCCGUUACGCCUGCAGUCAGUGUGAAUAACGAGGUUCGAACUUUGGAUAACUUAAAUCCAGAUGUGCGGCUCAUUCUCGAAGAAAUCACCCGGUUUUUGAAUAUGGAAAAGCUGCUUCCAAGUUAUAGACACACCAUCACUGUCAGCUGCUUGAGAGCCAUACGAGUGCUUCAGAAGAAUGGACAUGUGCCCAGCGAUCCCGCUCUUUUUAAAUCUUACGCAGAAUAUGGCCACUUCGUGGACAUUAGGAUAGCAGCUUUGGAAGCAGUUGUCGACUAUACUAAAGUGGACAGGAGUUAUGAAGAACUGCAAUGGCUACUUAAUAUGAUUCAGGAUGACCCUGUACCCUAUGUAAGACAUAAGAUUCUAAACAUGUUGACCAAGAACCCACCAUUUACUAAGAACAUGGAGUCUCCCUUGUGCACCGAAGCCCUGGUGGAUCAGCUUUGGAAGCUCAUGAAUUCUGGCACUUCGCAUGACUGGAGGCUGCGGUGUGGUGCCGUGGACUUGUACUUCACACUGUUUGGCCUCAGCAGACCUUCCUGCUUGCCCUUGCCCGAGCUGGGGUUGGUUCUCAAUCUAAAAGAGAAAAAAGCCGUCUUGAAUCCAACCAUAAUUCCGGAGGCCAUCGCAGGCAACCCGGAGGCUGCAGUUAAUCCAAGUAGCCACGCACAGCUGGUUGGAUUUCAGAACCCUGAAGAUGAUCACCUUGCCAAGGAAGCAUCAUGUAAUGUAUCAGCUCACCAGCAGGGAGUGAAGAGGAAGGCUGAUACACCACUGGGGUCCCCACUAGAACCUGGUCAAAUACUGGAGAAGAAUGAGGAUAGCAGUAAAGUCAAACUCAAAAUCAGAUUUUCAAGUUCUCAAGACGAGGAAGAGAUUGAUAUGGACACUGUGCACGAUAGCCAGGCCUUCAUUUCUCAUCAUUUAAACAUGCUUGAAAGGCCGUCAACUCCAGGGCUCUCUAAAUACCGGCCAGCAUGCGCUCGGCCCGUGUUGAUGCCCCAGCACUCCCCAGCCGGGGAAUGCCCGCCCGCCGCCAAACCCCAGUGGGGCAUGGAGCUCGCUCGGAAGGGAGCAGGUAAAGAACAGACGCCUUUGGAGAUGAGCAUGCACCCGGUCGCAGCGGCCCCGCUCGCAGUGUUCGCGAAGGAGCCGGCCUCCUCCAAGCACAGCGACCACCAUCACCACCACCACCACGAGCACAAGAAGAAGAAGAAGAAGCACAAACAUAAGCACAAGCACAAGCACAAGCACGAGAGCAAAGAAAAGGACAAGGAGCCUUUCACUUUCUCCAGCCCCGCCAGCGGCAGGUCGGUCCGCUCCCCCUCUCUCUCCGACUGAGUGGGGCACGAGGGGCCUUCCCCUCAGUGUCCGGAAGACGGAUACAACCAACGCUGUGGCUUCUGUACAGACUGAUAUAAGGGGGAAAACCUGCCACCCCUAGAAAUUCAGAAUCCACUUGACUUCUAAGCCUCUGAUCGACAUCAUAUUUAUACAAUUGGGAUGUGAUAAGGAGAAUGCGUCUGUGUUCUGAAUAAACUGUGCCACCCCAUUUCCUCUUUAAAGUGUGCACGAGCACACCCCCAUUCACCGCCCCCCACCCCACACACACACAGAGUGAACCUCUUUCCUUAAAGACCCUCAGGGCCCGAGGCAGGCCCGCUUGCAUUACUGUCAGCGUGUGCACUGCCGAAGCCGGUUAUCUUGGGGAGCCUGUGAUGGAUGUGACCGGUCCGAGUGUGAGACACAAGUGCUGCCCAGCCUUGUGAAGCCCUGUUCCCAGUGACACGUGACACUACUCGGAACUACCGAAGAAGACAGGCGCUUCUCCAUCGGGAUCUGCUCGGUGGCGUGUUCUUUUAGUGUUGGCCGUAGGAUCUGAGCAUCAGAAUUUAUAAACUAGACUACACGAUACUUUGUUUUGCCCUAAAAUACUGAAAUUUUCAGAAGCAGCUUUUUUAAAAAAAUUCAGUAACUUUUUUGAUAAUGCACUUGGCAGUUAUGUUGUUGGAAUUUCACAGAAUUACCAAAACAAGUUCUCAGGUCGAGAUGCUUACAUUGUGUUACUUGCUCGUUAAGUAUCAGUGAGUAUGUCCAUAUGUAGAGUAUGUUUGCUAAACGUGAACAAUUUACACACCCAACACAUUCUAAAGUGAUUUCUGUAUAACACAAAUUAUGAUACCGUGAAACGGUGUUUCCAUACUGUUAGUUAACUUGGACACAGGCAGUUUGGCCCUCCUGUGAACAUGUCAUAAGCAUUUUAAAACAUAAGAAUGUUUUGGUUUUAAACAUCAAUAGUUUGUAUGUUUGUAUGUCUUUUGUUUUAUUUCUGAAUUUACCAUGUGCUUUAUUGUUUAAAGGUUUUUCAUACGUGUUGUAUGUUUAUCAUUUCCCUUAUCAUUAGGAAGUUUGGAAGACACUUCUUCCCAGAAUAGAUAUUCCCAAGGGAUCCAAUAAUAGCAGACUUUUAAAAUACUUUUAUUUGUAUUUAACUUGUUUAAUAAAUACCUUUUUCAAUCGGUCA